AUGGCCACCAAAGCUGUAACGUUGCAAAAGAAGCAUGCAACCAAAAUCAGCACUGAUUAUCGUUACCAUCACUCUAAGCAUGUUGUCAAGCAGCAUCACACUGUAAGGAAAUCAAGCUCUAAAUCGGUGAACCAGGUGCAGGCCCAAGCCACAGAGGCUAUGGCAGAACCAGCCUAUACCAUACCGGUGUUCCGGCAGAGGAGCUCUGAGGAUAUAGAGGAGUACCAGCGGGUGUCCACUCAUGUCGAGAAAGGACUCGCUGCUAUCCAGGAGGAGCUGCAUCGGAUGAGAGUGGCCACAAAGACGCAAGUGGAGAACCUGGCUAUCCAGAGAGAGGUUCAAGAAAUGAUGACAAAGAAGGUAGAUUUGUAUGAGGAGGUCCACAGGCUUCCUGACUUCCUGGUGGCCUUGAGGCCUCACACCGUGUGGGAGAAGACCCCUGUUAAACUGUUCUGCACUGUGCAAGGCAAACCAAAUCCUAUUGUUAAAUGGUAUAAAGGAGGAGCUCCCAUUGACCCCCUGAGUGCACCAGGAAAGUACAAGAUUGAAAAGAAGUAUGGAGUUCACAGUUUAAUCAUUAGCAGGUGUGUAGUGAGCGAUACUGCUGAGUACAGCGCUGUGGCCAUCAACCAGUAUGGAACAGCCACCAGCAAGGCUACGGUUACUGUCAAGAGGGCAGCUGGGAUAGCUGCAGAGUCCUGCCAUCUUGGUCUAGUGCCCCAUCUGACGGAGAUCCACCCCAGUAAGCUGGAGGUCACCCUGCUGGAGCAUUUCAAAGUGUCCUUUGGAGUCGAGGGCAGCUCUAUCAGCCUGGUGUGCACCAUGGUGGUGGUUCCUGACCUUCCCAACGUACCACCAAUAGCCCAGUGGUACAGAGACGAUAAACUGCUGAAGCCAAGUAAGCUGGUGGAGAUGUCAGUGGGUGGAGGAGCUGCCCGUCUGACGCUGCCCCACCUGGCCAAAGAUGACGAGGGUCUUUACACCCUUCGCAUAUUCACUAAGGACGGCACUGCAGAGCACAGUGCCUACCUGUUUGUGGAAGAUGCUGCUCCCUCUGUGGCCGGGGCACCUGGUGCACCGAUGAGCGUCAAGGCGUACGAUGUCAACAAGGACUAUGUCCUUGUCGCCUGGAAGCCCCCAAACACCACCAAUGAGCCGCUAAUCACCGGAUACUUUGUGGACAGGUGCGAGGCUGGCAGCGACACCUGGGUCCAGUGCAACGACUCCCCUGUGAAGGUUUGUAAAUACCCGGUGCAUGGCCUGAGUCUAGGCCACGCCUACCACUUCCGGGUCAGGGCUGUCAACAGUGCCGGUAUUGGCAGGCCCUCCCGCAAGUCUGACAAAGUGACCGCCAUUGACCCAGCCGAGAGCGAGAGACUGCAAGUGAUUAAACUUGAUGGGAAACCUGACAUAGUGAUCAAGGAUGAUGACCUGGAAGGUGAUGUAACGAUCCCCGGGGAGCCGACUGAUGUGCAUGCCUCUGAGAUUUUCAGAUCCUAUGUUGUGUUGAGUUGGAAGCCCCCCAGCCCUCGGGGACGGGCUCCUCUGUGGUACGUCAUUGAGAAGUGCUUAGAAGGCACUGGAGCAUGGCAGAAGAUCAACACUGCAGUCAAACUGCAAUCGCCUCGCUACCCGGUUUUCGAUUUGCAAGAUGAGAAAUCGUACCAGUUCAGAGUGUAUUCAGUCAACAUGUACGGCUCCAGCGAGGCAUCCAUGCCCACUAAGCCCAUCCGAAAAGUGGAUGAGCACGGGAGUGAGCGGCCUGUCGGUGUCCCCUCCGCUCCAGGCCAGGUUGUGGCCACCAGAAACACCAAAUCCUCUGUGUUUGUUCAGUGGGAUCCUCCGAAACACCUCAACAACCUCAUGGGAUAUUACAUCGACGGACGUGUUGCCGGCGACAAGCAGUGGUUCCCGUGCAACCACAAGCCCUUCAGAGACACCAGGUUUGUGGUCCAUGGCCUGGUCCCAGGGGACACCUAUGUUUUCCGUGUCCAGGCCGUUAACCAGUACGGCCUCAGUGAUGAGUCUCAGGAGUCCUCUCCCAUCAGUGUGGAGCCUGCUCUCGCCACACCCAGUGCGCCAUUCGGCAUCACCAUGCUGAGCUGCGACGGCUCGUCCAUCACUCUGGCCUGGAAGACCCCCAAACAUUGUGGCGGGUCGAAGAUCAACGCCUACUACAUCGACAAGCGCGACGCCGACACCGUGAAGUGGAAGGAGGUCAACGCCACAGCCAUCAAGGAGAGGAUCUGCACUAUUGACCAUCUGACUACGGGAACCUUCUACGAGUUCAUGGUUCAAGCUGCUAACAUGGCCGGCGUGGGCGUGCCCUCGGCUCCCAGUGCGCCAAUGAAGUGUGAAGCCUGGACAAUCGCAGAACCCGGCCCAGCCUACGACCUGAACUUCAGUGAAGUCCGAGGUCACUCUCUGGUCAUCCUGUGGAAGGCUCCUGUGUACACUGGAGCAAGCCCCAUCACCGGUUACUUCGUGGACAUGGCCAAAAAGGGUUCCUCACACUUUGUCACCUUGAAUGAGGAAGCUGUCGGCCACCGUUACCUGCAUGUGACGGGUUUGGAGGAAGGUGAAUCCUACGUGUUUAAAGUGCGUGCUGUCAAUGCUGAGGGCAUAGGUAAAGCCUCUCAGGCGUCUGAGCCGGUGUGUGCCGAGGCCCUGCCAGGCACCAAGGAAAUUGUCUGUGGCGUGGACGAGGACUCUGGCGACAUCUUCCUGUCCCUCGAGGCCUGUGAGAUUUGCGAAAGCUCCCAGUUUGUGUGGUCAAAGAACUACAAGCCCAUUGGUGACUGUCCCAGAGUUGCUGUUACAACUAAGGGCAGAACCUCCAGGCUCUCUUUCAACGCCCCAGAUAAGGACGACCUGGGCAGGUACUCUGUUGUUGUCACAGACACAGACGGCGUGUCUGCCAGCCAUACUUUAACAGAGGACGCCCUGAACAGCAUGCUGGAGCUCAGUUACGCCAUCAGACACCCAGUCAUCCCCCUGAAACACGAACUGAACUACGAGAUUCUGGAGAAGGGCCAUGUGCGUUUCUGGAUGCAGGCAAUGAAACUUUCCCCCGCCGCGUCCUACAGGUUCAUCGUCAAUGAUAAAGAGGUCACCAGCGGCGAGGGCAUAAAGAUCAGCCACGAUGUGGCAACUGGAGUCAUCCAGAUGACAGUGGAUCACUUCACCAAGGCCAACGAGGGCACCUACACUGUCCAGAUCCAUGACGGCAGGGCCAAAAACCAGAGCUCCCUCGUCCUAGUGGGAGACGUGUUCAAGGCCGCCCUGAAAGAAGCAGAGUUCCAGAGAAAGGAGCACAUCAGAAAGCAAGGCCCACACUUCUCAGAGUACCUGUCUUUCUCUGUGGCGGAGGAUUGUACCGUUAUGCUUGUCUGCAAGGUGGCCAACGUGAAGAAGGAGUCAACUUUCCACUGGUACAAGGAUGAGGAGGAGCUCGUUCCUGAAACUCCCCCCAACGUCAUGUCAGGCUCCUGCGCUCUCCCCAUCCCACUGUUCUCCAGAAAAGACCACGGCAUUUACAAAGCGACUCUCGGUGACGACAGAGGAAAGGACACCUCUCUGCUGGAUGUCUCUGGUGAAGUGUUCGACGAUAUCAUCAACGCCAUUGCCCAUAUCGCUGGCUCAUCUGCCUCUGAGAUGGUGCUGCAGUGCACACCAGAGGGCAUCAGGCUGCAAUGCUACAUGACUUAUUACACCGAGGAGAUGAAGACUGUCUGGAAACACAGGGACAGCAAAAUCGCCUCCUCCGAGAAGAUGAGGAUUGGCGGCACGUCAGAAAUGGCCUGGAUGCAGAUCUGCGACCCCUCCGACAAAGAGAAGGGUCACUACUCAAUUGAGAUCUCCGAUGGUGUGAAGACCCACACCCGCUCCUUCGACCUCUCCGGACAAGCAUACACUGACGCCUAUGAGGAGUAUCUGAGACUCAAGGCUGCAGCCUUCGCUGAGAAGAACCGCGGUAGAGUGGUUGGUGGUCUACCUGAUGUGGUAACCAUUAUGGAGGAAAAGUCUUUGAGCCUCACCUGCACCGUCUGGGGCGAGCCAACUCCAGAGGUCACCUGGUUCAAGAACGAACAAGAGGUGGCCUCCAGCGAGCACACCAAGAUCACGUUUGAUGGUGGCAAGUUUGCCAGCCUGGUCAUCAACAAGGUCACCCCAGAGGACUCUGGCAAGUACAGCAUCCAUGUGCGCAACAAGUAUGGCGGCGAGUUUGUGGAGAUCACUGUGAGCGUCUACAAGCACGGUGAGCAGAUCCCGGAGCCCAAACUGGGACAACCCAAAGCAGUGACGCCCGCAGUCACACCUGUACCCCCGAAGUCCCCGGCUCCCCCACCCAAGACCCCAACACCCACUCCUCACAAGGCGCCGUCCGUAAAGAGCCCCACCCCAGCUUCCACACCAGCCUCCACCCCAAUCCCCAAGUCUCCCACUCCUACCCCAAAAUCUCCCACCCCCACCCCGAAAUCCCCCACCCCUACCCCGAAAUCCCCUACUCCCCCUCGCAGCAUGAAAUCACCCACACCACCCAGAUUCAUGAAGUCUCCGACUCCUCCUAGAAAGUAGAGAACCAAAGUGUAACUGCCAAGAAGAGUACACGGGAAUGUAGCAUGAGUGUGAAACCAAGAGCUGUUACCGUCAGGUCGAGGUGUGCGUAGCCAUUGUAAAAGUCCUACUUUUUACGGCAUGCUUUGUGAACCUCCACGCAAAACUGGAAUUGUUUGGAAAAACCAAACUGUGCCUUUCUUUCAUCCAUCGGAAGCGCCGAGGAAUGCUUCAGCAUUUAGUCCGCCGAGACACACAACAGUUUGUGUCAAGAUGUACUAAUUUGGUUCCUCUGCAGAAUUUUUGAGAACACAUCUGCAGAAACUAUGCUGAAUAGAUGCAGGACUGAUUCAAAAAGCAGGACUUUUACAGCGUCUACCACCGUGGAUGUUAUUUUAAGUCAUGUCCUUCAGCUCAUCACUGUGCAAUUAACAGAAGAGAGGAAAUGUAAAACACGAGAUGUCAUUUUCCUUGUCAGUGUUUUAAAAGCCUUACCUUCCUCUAUUUAACAUAGCGGAAAGCCUGAAUUCAUAUUUCUGUGGGAAGCGGUUUGCAGGUGGAGGGCCGGUUCACUGUCCCCUGCCAUGACCAGGGCUGAAAAGUAACGCCAGCCUCUUACCAAAUCCACACUUUCUGCUCUCAGAGGUGAAUCUGUCUUUUGUCAAGUGACCAACCAACACUUGGAAGUCUUAUUGUGUUCCAAAAGAAAUUUAGCCAGUGAAUAAAAAACAAAAAAACAAAAAAAACACAGAAGACAUUAAAAAUGGCUGGUGACGUAUUACUUUCAUCAGAGUAUUGUUAUUUUACCGCCCUGGUCACAUUUACAAGAGCGUUCCUUCUGUCUGUGACACGUGUUGUGUUUUGUUCCUCCCAAUACUUUGUGUUGGCAAUAAAGCUUAUUAUCUCCCCCUC